UCAACCUGAGGGUUUUUUCUCACACAGCAGCACACAGGGCUUUCAUGUAAACUGGGAGACAAGUUACAGAAAACAAACUAGAAGUAGCUUAGUCUUGGAUACCGGCACAUAAAAAAGGAUAAGCAGCAACUUUUUGGAUUGUACCACGCAACUUGUCGGAACAGUUGGGAAUGCUUUUGUGAAAGGCAGGUGAACUCUGCUCUCCCAGGGAGAUUACAGCAGGACAUGCUUCCAGCCACUGAACAGCUUCACUCCAUUUACAGCCUCAUGGGAAUCUUGCUCGCACAGAGGAGUCUGAACUGGACAACACACAGUCAGCAGUAGAUUUUAUGUGAUGUUAUGAAAGUCUACCAUACAGAACCAGUUCUGCGUGUCACUAAACAGGACUACAGGGUAGUGUUGUUAUAAUUGGCGCCCUCCCGGAGAAGGUAAGAGGAGCCUGGGAGAUUUGUCCAUACAAAGGCCUUUUGUUUCCCAGCCAGCAGCAGAGGUGGAAUAGGAGCAGCUUGGAUAACUGGAGGUGGGGACAUUUGUGACAUUUUCAAUGGACACUUUGGCAAAGCUGUUACCUGUUUCGCUUUGGCUCUUUGCUCUUAGUUGAAGUGACACUUUGAGCAAAAAAUGGACAGUGCGAGCAGUAACUCAGAUGGAGCAGAUAAGCAGCCUGCUAACUCCCUGCUGAAUGUGUUCAGCAGUUUCUUCGGCCGUGAUAAAUCUGGAUCUGUAGAUAUGGAGUCAGCCGUGCUGAUGUCUUACAAGGAGCUGUCAGAUGAGACGAAUCCUCUUCCUGACAGUGGUCAAAAUAGUGAGAACAAGCAAGGGAGUGAAGACAUGCAUCAGGAUAAUGUGACAGCUUCCUGUGAUACAGCGCAGACGGCUGAAUCACUGGAAACCUGCACAGAGUCUGAAGUUAAAACAGCAGCUACAGCCUCGCUUGACCAUGAGCUGGUCCAGGUCACAAGGGUGGAAACUUAUAGUGACAAUGAGGAAAAUGAGGAGGAGGAGGCGACCCAAAGCAGCACUAGUGGGUCCGAGAAGCUUGCCAAAACCGGGGAGUCUACCUUACCUGGGGAGGACAAAAAUUCAGUGCAGCAUGGUGAUGAAGAUGCGCAAAAAGAUGCUAGUGAGUCAGAAGUAGAGUACCAAGUGCCUGUGUUUAGGACACACAAACGUAAGGAAAGAUCACGUAUAGAAGCUAUGUUAUAUCCAGAAAGGUUUGUCAACAGAAGUGAUUAUAAGUCAGUCCUGAUCUCUUCAGUUUUGAAAAGGGGAGUUGCUGGCAGCCCUAAAGAGGACACCACCAUCGUGUCUUUGGAUGUAGACACAUCUGCUGCUGUAGAGAAGAUUAAAGACAAUGUGCGAACAGAUGAGGACGAAGAGUUUACUGGCAUAGAUUGCUCCCAGCCUGUUGCUUCAGUCAUAUCUGGAGAUCUUGCCUUGGAAGCCUCAAAUCAUAAUGCUGCCUCACCUUUAAAGGAGGACUUAGAUAAUGCACAGAAGAACGAGACACAUGAGCAAAGGCCUGAGAAGGGGACUGAGGAGUCUCACUCUAGCCAGGUGUCCUCCUCUGUUCCCUCCAGCCCUAAAAAUCCUGAAGUUUCAGUCCAAUCAUCCUCCAGUCCGGAGGAGCAGUCAGACUUUGUCAGUAAAACAACUCCUAAAACGUUGCUGUCGUCUACACCCGAAGAGUCCCCAGGUGACAUGCAGCCAAGUUCCAGUCCUCCCUCACAAAGCACAACUGCUCCAAAGACACUAGAUACAAAAACACCACCUCCAGCUUUAUCUGUUUCCCCAUCCAAGGGCACUGCGCUCUCCUCGUCCCCUUCCUUCCAAAUGCCGGCGCUCUUCAGUGGGUUGCGUGUGCUGAAGAAAGGAGCAGUGGGGGAAGACAGGGAGACAGUGUCAGAGAUUAAGCAGAGUGAGAAGGAUGCUGACCUGGCCCUGCUCAGCCUGAAGAAGACGGUCAACAAAGCCAAGCUCUUCCCUGAUCAGAAGACAUCAACGCCAGUCAAAAAACACGCAGAGCCUAAGCCAGUUGCAGAAUCUAAAAGCAAUGCAAUGGUACAACUCAGUCAGCUGCACAACCUAGGCAACCAGGAUGAGAAAAAACAGUCAGACGAUGCUGAUCCUGAACACGGCAAAAAACAGUCUCAGAAUGGAGAAAAGGUUGUGGGAGAGAAUGUUUCAAGCCCAGAAACCCCCACAACCUCACCAGACAAGAAGAAAACCUCAGAUCUCGCCUAUGAAACCUUCAGGAGCAUCUUUGGCCCGAAAACUGUCAAAAAGGAAAAAACUGAAGAUGUGGAUCUGGAGGCGGUGAAGAAGAAAAUCAAGAAUGACAAAGAAAAUCUGAGGUCUAUUUUUGAGAGAGCCUCCAAAUCCCCCAGCAAGGAACUCAUCAGUCCCUUAGAGGCUUAUACAGAGGUCACGUCUCCUACAGACAGCGAGGACCGGACCCCGGGGCGUCUUCAGGCUGUGUGGCCCCCACCUAAACCUAAAGAUGAGGAAGAGAAGGUGGGGCUCAAAUACACAGAGGCAGAGCACCAGGCUGCCCUCUUGCAGCUGAAGAGAGAGUGCAAGGAAGAGCUGGAGAGGAUGCAUUCCGACUUUGAGCUUCAGAUCUUCCAGCUACGAGGUGAGCAUGCUGACUCAGUAUCAUACCUGGAAGGAGUCAUUGCCAAAAUGCAAAGAGACAAGGGGUAUACUACAGGUCAGGAGCGGGGCGAGGUCCGCGAUGUUGCAGUGUCCACCGCAGAUGACCUGACACCUAAGACCUUUCGCACUGUUAGUAUCCAGACAGACAGAGAGUACUUCAUCAAGAGCCCUGAGGGUGACGGUAGCGCUCAAAGCCCCAACCAAAAUGUGCCGAAAAAACUCAACUUGGACUCUAUCGGACUAAAUCUAAAAGCUUCAAAGGCCCCAGGGCCUCCUGGACCACCGCCGCCACCACCACCUCCUCCCCCUCCGCCACCCCCGCUCCCGGGAGGUGGUCCACCACCCCCGCCACCUCCCCCUCCCCCUCCUGGCCUACCUGGAGCUAGUCCACCGCCUCCUCCCCCUCCUCCAGGCGGUGGCCCGCCACCUCCUCCCCCUAUGGGGGGCUUCAGUUUGGGCCCAAAGGUGGAGAAGGCCCCACGGAAACAUGCCAUUGAGCCAGCCUGUCCAAUGAAGCCUCUUUACUGGACCAGGAUACAGAUUCAGGACAAUAAUAACAACACACUCUGGGGUUCUCUGGAGGAACCAAACAUCGUCAACGCCAACGAGUUUGAGGAUCUUUUCUCCAAGGCCACACCACAGCCAAAGAAGAAACCCCUGUCAGACACCUACGAGAAGAAAGCCAAAACUAAGAAGAUUAUCAAGCUUCUGGAUGGGAAGCGUUCACAAGCAGUCGGCAUUCUCAUAUCGAGCCUACAUCUGGAGAUGAAGGACAUUCAGCAAGCUGUUCUUACUGUGGACAACUCUGUGGUGGAUUUGGAGACCAUCGAGGCUUUAUAUGAAAAUAGGGCUACCAGCGAUGAGAUGGUCAAAAUAACCAGUCAUUUUAAGAAUUCUAAAGAAGAUGAAGUCAAACUGCUGGACAAACCUGAACAGUUUCUAUAUGAGCUCUCCCAGAUUCCCAACUUCGAGGGCCGAGCCCACUGCAUCAUCUUCCAGUCAGUAUUCCUCGAUACCAUCUCCUCCAUCCGUCGCAAGGUGGAGAUCAUCUCAAAUGUCAGCAAAGAGCUGUUAGAUAGUGAUGGCUUGAAGAAUGUACUGGGUCUUGUUCUGGCUUUUGGGAACUACAUGAACGGAGGGAACAGAACAAGAGGUCAGGCUGAUGGCUUCGGACUGGAGAUCCUCCCAAAACUGAAGGACGUCAAGAGCAGGGACAAUCGUAUCAACCUGGUGGAAUAUGUGGUUUCAUACUACCUGCGUAAUUUUGACAAUGUAAGGCACCGUCAAACAUAUUCACACAAUAUUACACUUUUAAAGCAUCUGUCUCUCAACACUGUUAUGUUUGAUCCGCUGUUCCAGCAUGCCGGCACAGAGAAAAGUGUGUUCCCGAUGCCGGAGCCUCAGGAUUUCUUCCAGGCUGGUCAGGUUAAGUUUGACGACCUCACCAAAGACAUCAGGAAGCUGAAGAGAGAUCUGACUGUUUGUGAGAAGGACGUGCAGAAGGUGUGCUCUAACUCGUCGGAGGAACACCUCCAGCCUUUCAAGGAGAAGAUGGAGGGUUUUAUUUCUGCUGCUCAAAAGGAGCAUUCAGCUGAAGAGGAACGACUCAAUGCAGCACAGAGAAGUUUCCAGGACAUGGUGAACUACUUUGGGGUUAAGCCAAAGUCCGGGGAGAAAGAAGUGGUCCCGAGUUUCGUUUUCAUGCUUUGGUACGAGUUUUGCAACGACUUCAAGAACUCCUGGAUACGACAAAACAAGAUCAUCUCCAAGGAGAGGUUGAAGGAAGCUCAAGAAAACAUCAAGAAGAUCACAGCGGAGAAGAGAGUCGAAACCAAGAAGAUCAAUGCCAACAGUCUGAAAGAGAGGUUGCGGCAGAAGGAAGCCAGCGUGUCUUCCAGCUGAGCGAAAUGACGCAGCUGAAGAAGAAAUGAGAAGUGUGUGGAGGAGACCGCGGAGCUGACAGUGCGCAGGCCUCAUCUCUCCUGCGUUUUAACACCUGCCUCAACAACUGCCCUCUGCGCCCCGUACGGACACAACAAAACCGGACUCUCACUACUCCCACUGCCGUUUCUCUGCCCUACUAACACCCACCCAUUCACACUUUCCCCUCCACCACCCUCAUGUCGAGCCUCUUAUGUCUGCCGUACAGAUCGAGGAUGCAUGGCUGACACAGUCGAAGUGAUGAGAGUCUCAGAGGCCAAAGGUUGAUCUCAUUCAUCCAGCAGGGCGCGACCUCUGAGUGCCCAGCUUGUGAAAGGUCUCAAGGGGUCAGUGAGAUUCACAACAUCCAAGAGGUUCCUUCUGAAUCCAAAAGAGCCGAGAAACCAUUCCUUUCUGAACUGUAGCAGACUAAUAAAGCUCCUGCAUAUUCACAGUUUGAUGACGUUGCCGAUAUGUGAACAGAGCCGGCUGCCUGAAGAGGAAAAUCCCUGUUGACAAAACAGAUCUCUCUCUCUCUCCCUCUCCCUCUCUGGAAGCAGUAAAAACAAAAAAAGCUGUUCUUUGCUGUAGCGAAUAGCUUUUCAUUCACCACGGCUCAUUAAAAGUCUUGUAAAUAUGUCUCAUUGUAGAAUUGGCGGGGACGGUGCAGCGUCAAGGAGUGUGAUAAAUGAUCUGCACUGGGCUUCAGAUUAAGACAGGUUGGGUUUAAGAUGUGUACUUGUGGAGGUUUGACUGUAUUGUGUAGCACUGCACCAGACUGACCUCUCCUGGGUGACGGCCAGAGAAGAGCAGAACCCCCCCCCCACACACACACACACACACACACACACACACACACAUAUAAAACAACAGAAGAAUACAACAAAAUUUUGGCCGUGCACCCAUUCAAAUAUUUAGAUCAAAUACACAUUAUGCAAAACUGUAAAUCCGUCACUGAGUGCUGCGCGUCACAUUGUGUCCAGCACACCUUUAAGCACUUUACUGCUUGCAGAAGCUGUAUGUUGUAGCUCGCUAUAAGCCCCGUUAUGCUAAUUGCGUACAUUUUCCCAAAAUGGCUUGCACCGUUUUUUGUUGCACCUCUCUUCCUAUGCAAGGUUGUUUUUUUUCUUAGAUUUAUAGACUGUAUUGCUUCAUGAUGAAAUCCUAUUAGAUUCUUGUUCUUUUUUAAGAAAGUAUAUCAAAGUGUAUGUUUUAUUUUGGUAAAUGUAAAAUGUAACCACGCUUCUGUCUAAGUCAAGAAAAGUCUAUUUAUGUAAAAAAAAAAAAAAGAUUUAUUUUCUGCCAACAAACAUUAGCUUGAUCCCCCUUGAGGACGUAUUUUUAUGAGUUGCAAUUGACUGAGAGAGUUCCUGAGAGGUCAGUCAGAUGAAAGAUAUAUUUUCACAUGAAUAUUAUUUGUAUGUUGUGGCCACUGAUUUAUGUACGCGAUGAUACGUGGAAUUUAAGGAAUUUGAAUGCCUUUUCUGUUUCAUUUCGGAGAGAUGAGGGUUGUAUUUUAGAGAACAUUGAAGCAUAUCACCUGAAGCCAUGUGAGUUGUUAUACCUCAGACUUCCAUUAUCAGAGUAUCUGUAAAACUGCACCUUGAAUUACUUUUUUUUUUACCCUCCAAAGUCUUUCACGUGUGCCAUUUAUUUUGUAAAAAAAAAAAAAAAAAAAGGAUAUUUCAUAAACUGCUAUGUUUUACUUGAGAGGGUUUGAAAAGCAAAAAAAAAGAGCUGAUACUGACCAAGGAACUGCUGUAGCCUCGACUCUCUGUAUGUCGGUUCAUGUAACCUUCAGUAGCUCUCGUAUAGGUGCUCUGUAAUUUUAUGGAAUUGUUUUAAAUUUCAAGAAUAAACUACUGGAUGCCCAACAAACUGGA